GAGCUCUCUAGCUCCUAUAUAUAAUACUCCUACUGGUUCUCUCAUUUCCUUAACUCACUAGCUUAUUUUCCAUUUCAUAAGCACGUACCGUUUCUCUGUAUUCUGCUUAGUUUAGGUUUGAAAUUUUAAUCUGCAUAUAAACAUGUCUAUGGUGGAGGUGAGAGUUCCAAAUCUCGACUGUGAGGGAUGUGCUUCCAAGUUAAAGAAAGCUCUAUUCAAGCUCAAAGGAGUUGAAGUAGUGGAAAUAGAGAUGGAGAUCCAGAAAAUAAGCGUGAGAGGGUAUGCAUUGGAGGAAAGGAAAGUGCUAAAGGCGAUUAAACGAGCUGGAAAAGCAAUAGAGCCAUGGCCAUUUCCCGGUUACUCACAUUAUGCCUCAUUUUACAAGUACCCUACGUACAUUAAGAACCAUUACUAUGACACCUACAGAAACGAAACCACCAAUGGUGUACACACCUUUUUCCACACUCCGACAGCUUAUUCCGUCGCCGUGGCAUCCGAUGAGGCCGUCGCUUCACUCUUUAGUGAUGACAAUCCACAUGCUUGCACUAUUAUGUGACCUUCCUAAUUUUUUUUCCGCAAUAAUCAAUUUGGAUUUUGUGUUCUUUGGUUUGUCAUCCAAGCUUUCGGCUUCUUUUCCAUGUUGUGUAUUAAGCUUUCAAUUGUUUGAGAAGUUCAUCUUCUACACUAUUGUUCAAGAUCGAUCAAGUUUUGC